AGCUGCCCGGAGGACAUAACUUUCCAUCUUUUCUCCCGCCUGCUCUCCCCGCUGUUGGUGUGACCGCCGCGUUCUCCGCAGUGACUACGUUCCCCGUUUUGCCUCCGUAGCCGACUUCCGCCCGUGCCCAAGAUGGCGGCCGGGCGGCCUCCGCAGCGUCUCGGAGGCUGGCUGCUGGUGGAUGUCUGAGCUGGUUGGCGGGGGUAGCGAUUAGCAAAUGCCGGAGCUGCUGCGCGGGGGUCGGUCAUGGACUGGAAAGAAGUUCUUCGCCGGCGGCUAGCGGCGCCCAGCAACGGCCCAAACAAAAAAAAAAGUGAACAAGAAUUAAAAGAUGAAGAAAUGGAUUUAUUUACCAAAUACUACUCCAAAUGGAAAGGAGGUAGAAAAAACACAAAUGAAUUCUACAAGACCAUUCCCCGGUUUUAUUAUAGGCUGCCAGCUGAAGAUGAAGUCUUACUACAGAAAUUAAGAGAGGAAUCCAGAGCUGUCUUUCUGCAAAGGAAAAGCAGAGAACUGUUAGAUAAUGAAGAAUUACAGAACUUAUGGUUUUUGCUGGACAAGCACCAGACACCACCUAUGAUUGGAGAGGAAGCAAUGAUUAAUUAUGAAAAUUUUUUGAAAGUUGGUGAGAAAGCUGGACCGAAGUGCAAGCAAUUUUUCACAGCAAAAGUCUUUGCUAAACUCCUUCAUACAGAUUCUUACGGAAGAAUUUCCAUCAUGCAGUUCUUUAAUUAUGUCAUGAGAAAAGUUUGGCUUCAUCAAACAAGAAUAGGACUCAGUUUAUAUGAUGUUGCAGGACAAGGAUACCUUCGGGAAUCCGAUUUAGAAAACUACAUAUUGGAACUUAUCCCAACUUUACCACAAUUAGACGGGCUGGAAAAAUCUUUUUAUUCCUUUUAUGUUUGUACAGCUGUUAGGAAAUUCUUUUUCUUUUUGGACCCUCUAAGAACAGGGAAGAUAAAAAUUCAAGAUAUUUUAGCAUGCAGCUUCCUAGAUGAUUUAUUGGAGUUAAGGGAUGAGGAACUGUCCAAGGAGAGUCAAGAAACAAAUUGGUUUUCUGCUCCUUCUGCCUUAAGGGUAUAUGGCCAGUAUUUGAAUCUUGAUAAGGAUCACAAUGGCAUGCUCAGUAAAGAAGAACUCUCCCGUUACGGAACAGCAACCAUGACCAAUGUCUUCUUAGACCGCGUUUUCCAGGAGUAUCUCACUUAUGAUGGAGAAAUGGACUAUAAGACCUACCUGGACUUUGUUCUUGCAUUAGAAAACCGAAAAGAACCUGCAGCUCUGCAAUAUAUUUUCAAACUGCUUGAUAUCGAGAACAAAGGCUAUCUGAAUGUCUUUUCUCUUAAUUACUUCUUUAGGGCCAUACAGGAACUAAUGAAAAUCCAUGGACAAGAUCCUGUUUCAUUUCAAGAUGUGAAGGAUGAAAUCUUUGACAUGGUAAAACCAAAGGAUCCUUUGAAAAUCUCUCUUCAGGAUUUAAUCAACAGUAAUCAAGGAGACACAGUCACCACCAUUUUAAUCGAUCUGAAUGGCUUCUGGACUUAUGAGAACAGAGAAGCCCUUGUUGCAAAUGACAAUGAAAACUCUGCAGACCUUGAUGAUACAUGAUCUCAAAAACUAGACUGUAUUCAUUAACAUAAGCUUGAAUGCUGCAUGAAACCUCUGAAGCAGAAUCCUUAGAAAUGGUCUAAAUAAAAGACUUCAAAUGCCUACAGAA